AUGACACGGACGAGCAACGGACACGAAGUCAUAGGGCAGGCUCACGAUACAUUGGAACAAGCCGACGGCAAUGUGUCCGUCCUUGCGCCAAGUGCGCAGCUGCAGCGUCCCUCUGGCCAGACAAGGCGUAUCUCAUCUCGCUUGCCGUUCCCUCAGACAAGACGCAAGCUCGCACGUCCCUUCGUACACAAGCGAGGCGGCGCGACCCGUCGGACGAGCGCUGACGAGACUGAGCCUAUUGGCACGUUGUGCGUCUCACUGCUCGCCGCUCGCAACCUCGCCGCCAAGGACAGGAACGGCACCUCCGAUCCCUUUGCUGUGUUGAGACUGGGCGACGUCCGUGCAGAGUCCAGCGUCGUGCGCAAAAGCUUGAAUCCAGUCUGGGGAGAUGCAAGCGCGUGUGCAGCCUUGGCCCAUCAGACUGCAGAUGGUCACACUGCUCAGCCGGCCGUGCUCGUCACUGCAGUGCAUGCAGACCUUGCGAACCAGCAGAUCGAGAUCGUCAUGUGGGACAAGGAUCGCGUCAAGAAGGACUACCUCGGUGAAGUCUCGCUGAGUGCAGACCAGUGGUUCGAGCAAGCCUCUACACAAGGCCCCGCGAUCCUAUACGAUGAUACAGACAACCAUCCAAAGUGGCACCGGCUUACCUCUUCCCGCCGCGCUGCUAGUAUCACCGGCGAUGUCCUCGUCAAGAUUGGCUUCAUUGCUGCUGAUCCUCGCAACGGUCCCGUCCCACGCGAACACCCAACGGCUGGCUCAGAUGCAAUCCUGGACACUUCGACACGACUUUCCGAAUUAUCGAUAGCAAAUCCGGUCGAUCAACUAAGAGACACCGUCCAAGAGGCUAUCAGGGAACGACAACAUCUGCCACAGACGAGGAAAGAUCGUAUUCUGACAGCUCCUCCUGCCAAUUCAGUGGGAACACAGCCUAUAGACGACGAAGAACGUCAACUUGAUCCUUUGGCCGGAUCGGAUUCGGAUUCCGAUGUAGAGCUCGAUGACGUUGAUCAAAGCGAUGAGGAAGACGCAUCGGAUGACAUGGAGACGCUCAGUCCGGACGAAGAUGCAGUAGGCUCAGGUAAAGAGCUAGAGGAUGACGACUACUUUCGACAUGUCGUCGGCUAUCCGUCCCAGUUUGCAUCUCCAAGCAUGGUGCGCACCGGCUCCGCAAGCACACGCAGUCACUCGCCCGAGAUUGCGCUCCGACAGACGGACUCGCCGCCCGUCGUCGAGCGCGAGAAGGCCAGACUCAGCAUCCCCAACUUUAUCAAGCGUGCAGGCAGUAGCCGAUCUUUGCACUCGACGCAGGCUGCCAGUACGCCUGGAGCCACAACGCCCGGAGAAGGUGCAACCACGCCAGGUUCACGUCGUCGCCGUCUGCCAGGUCGUCGCCGUAAGGCCUCCGAUCGAGAUGGUUCAUAUGCUUCGACAUCGUCGAUCGAAACCUCGCCUGUCCAGCCCAAAGUCAAAGCGCGCAAGCGUCUCCGUCGGCGCAACACCCAUGGCUUUCACUUUGAAACCGGUGGCCGCGAUGACAUUGUCGGCGUCGUUUUCGUCGAGAUCGCACAUGCGAAUGAUCUGCCUCGCGAGAAGAAUGCGCUGCGAACGGGUUUCGAUUGCGAUCCUUUCGUUAUCCUCUCCUUCGGUCAAAAGGUCUUUCGCACCCGCGUGAUCAGGCAUUCUCUCAAUCCAGCAUGGAAUGAGCGCUUGUUCUUCCACGUACGACGCCACGAGCUCAAUUUCCAGCUCCUGGCAAGUUUGUAUGAUUGGGAUCGGGCAAGCAGCAACGACCACAUUGGCGAUUGCUCCUUAGCUCUCGUAGAUCUCCUCGAACAUGCACCGAGACCAGACGAGCAGACAGGCUUAUACGCCACAACACCUCAAGGUGACCUACGCGGCGAUCAUCUCAACGAGUAUAAGCUCGCAGUCGUCAAAGAUGGGACGGAUCUUAAGCAUGUCCCUUCUCUCACAAUUAGGGCCCGCUUCUCCCCUUAUGCUGCACUUCGGCAGCAAUUUUGGCGCACGUAUCUUAGUCAUUUUGAUCCUAGCACGUCAGGCAAAGUCUCCUACGUCGGGUUAUUUUCCAUGCUAGAUUCACUCGGCUCAACUCUGUCAGCGGACACGAUCACAUCUAUCUUCACGCACAAUGGUAAGGAAAGCACCGACGAGCUCAGCAUCGAUGAUGUCGUCCGUGCCCUCGAGCUGGAGCUCGUUAAGCCAAAAGCUCAGAAAAGGCGAGUCGAGCCAGAGAGCCACGACUCGGGUCUAGCUACGCCCGCUCUUGACACUGGGGUAGCGCACGGCAUUUCAAACUUCGGCGGUCUUGAACAGAUCGGGCAUUCCGCACAGUCGUCAGGCGAUAAAGCUACUGCUUCUGAUGGCCACACAGCACCGCCGAACGGUCUGCCGGCCAUGCUGCGUGGACAUCAAGUCAGCGAGCUUCCGUCCAUUGAAGCAGACAACGUCGAUGAUGAGCAGGACCAGCCAUUUGAGCGCGUCAUCAACAUCACGUCCUGCCCCCUGUGCCAGAACCCGCGUCUGAAGAAGAGGGCAGAGGUCGAUAUCGUCACGCACCUUGCUGUGUGCGCGAGCAAAGAUUGGCAAAGUUUGGCAAACCUAGUCGUCAACAACUACGUGACGGCAGAUCAAGCCCAUCGCAAAUGGGUCACCAAAGUCAUCAGCGCAGUCAGCAAAGGUGCCUACUCGCUUGGCGCCAAUUCAGCCAAUAUCAUCGUUCAGGAUCGUGCGACGGGUCAGUUGCUCGAGGAGAAGAUGCAGAUCUACGUCCGACUGAGCAUCAGGCUCAUGUACAAAGGCAUGAGCAAUCGACUCGACGGCGGCAGGAUCCGCAGAAUGCUCAGAAGCAUGUCAUUCAAACAGGGUCAGAAGUUCGACGAUCCCAGCUCUGUGCGAGAGAUCCCCAACUUUGUGCGGUUCCACAACCUGGACCUUAGCGAAGUUCGCGAUCCGAUUGGCUCGUUCAAAAGCUUCAAUGAAUUCUUCUAUCGCAAGCUCAAGCCAGAUGCAAGGCCGAUCUGCGAGCCUGAUAAUCCUAAUAUACUCGUGAGUGGCGCAGACUGUCGACUGAUGGCCUUCGAAAGUAUCGAGGAUUCCACGAAGAUCUGGAUAAAAGGUCGCGACUUCUCUAUCGAACGUCUGCUGGGCAGUACUGCAAUUGCAAAGGAUUACAAUAGCGGCUCGCUCAUCAUCAUGCGACUUGCACCUCAGGAUUAUCAUCGUUACCAUAGUCCUGUCAGAGGAAAGAUUGUGGACAUGAAACGAAUGGGCACAGAGUAUUAUUCAGUCAACCCCAUGUCGGUGCGAUCUUCAGUGGGGAUCUAUACGGACAACGUCAGAGAGAAUGUCGCGAUCGAAACCGAAGCGUUCGGUCGAGUCUACUAUAUCUGCGUCGGCGCGAUGCUCGUAGGAUCGAUCUGUCAGACUCGUCAAGUCGGCGAUCAGCUCGACAAGGGAGACGAGGUCGGCUACUUCAAAUUUGGCGGCUCGACGAUCCUGUUGCUCUUCAAGGCGGGCGCUGUCAAGUUCGAUGAAGACUUGCUUCUCAAUUCCUCGCAUGCUAUAGAGACCCUCGUGCGUGUUGGAACGCGCAUAGGCGAGCGCAGAUAG